CAUUCUUCCUUUUAUCUCAUCAACAAAUUAUACACAUUAGAUGAAUGAUAAACCAACUAGUGUCCCCAAAAGAGAGAUACGUAAUAAAAAUAAAAGUCAAAACCUAGAGACACAAAUUGAUAUAAAGUGAUUUAUUUGAUAGACUUUUUAUUUCAUUCCCCCGAUGUUUCACGCUGUUGAAUCUCUCUGUGUGGUACAAAAAAAAAAAAAGGAUAUAUGUAUAUAAAGAAACGGGACCUCACGCAGCCCCACGUCGAACAUUCAAUUUUUGUUGUUACUUUUAACGAUCCGGAGGAACUCUGAAAUCUAUUUUCCGGACAAGCAAACACAUCAGUGAUUUAGAGAAACAGCGGAUUAUUCGGGGUAGUGUGGGGUUAUAGGGGGAGGGGAGGGGGGAGAGGAUAUAAAAUACGGUGGAGAGCAUACGAUUUCGAUCGGUGAGAACUUCUCGUUAUCCUUAAAAAAGAAUUACGAGUGAGGAAAGAACUUGUCCGAGCGUGACGCGAUAAAGAGGCGACGACAGAAUGGAAAGAAACACCCAGAGAGGAGACAAACUAAGUAGAAAAGGGAACAACAAUAUAUCAGUGAUGAGAGUGGAAUGAAAUUUUCUCCGACGGAACGAUCAUCCGAGAUCGGGAGAGACAAUGAAGAGAUAACGCCACCAGUUUAUUUGACACCUGACUUUUUCCAGGAUUUUUCCCGGAGGAGCUGGGGGUCGUCGGCUGAGUCGACUCCUCCAUUCAGUUUAAUUCAUAAAAAGAAAUAUGAAGAGAUACGAAGAGAGGAAGAGACACAAGAAGCCGUGGCACGUGACCUCGAGGACCGUACGAGUCAACUCGCUCAAGUAGCCGGGCUCUGCCCUUUGAACCACGGCAAUUUCGAAUUAUGUCUCCCGGAGAACGGAUAACGACGGGGAAGCCAACAGUAGCUGAGAAAGAGUCACCUGUACGGUUAGCGUUACCUGUUGAGUACAUUCUGCAGGUACAAAUAUCUCGAACGGAUGUCUCACUGUACAAAUGUCAGUCAACUCGUUUAUUUUUUUUU